GUAUGGCGGUCAAUGAGAGGGUGUCAAAUUUGGUUAACAAAAAAUGUAAUGGCUUAUUUGCUACGUGCGGCUUUUGAUUGAAUAGAAGUUCCUUAAUGCUUCGGUUGUUAAGUGUACUGAUAUAAGUAGGACACGUGACAUCCCGGGAACUUUGAGAAAAAAACACUUUAUAUAGGCGUUGUGCCUGUUAUCGCGUUCGUAUCUGCCCUCUCAUUGGCUAGGAUGGUCCACCUGUCUUGCCUCUUCCCGACUGCACUCCAUUUUAAAUACAUUUAUUUUCAUUAUUAGAGUGGCCAAAUGGAGUAUCUGGUCAAUAUAAUGGAUAAUCUGUGAUAUGUACCUUCAUCGACUUUAUUCGUCGACUUCCGUCUACAGUCGGCUACUUUCGGUUUACCACUCAAACGCACGCAGUGCCUACAAGUGUGAAGUACUGGAGAAGCAGUUUCUGUAUUGUCCAUACUAUUCGGGAUGCUUGUUUCACUUUACAAGAAAUCAUGUCAGUACAAUUUCUGGUAAAGGACACCGAUAAUUUGCCGUUUUUGACGUCCAACUCAUCCAACCCACUGUCAUUGCAUUAAAACCAAAUCUAAACCCAGUGACUGUUUCGUAUGGCCGGUCUGAUCUUGGCAGCGUGAUAAAAUUCGAUAUUAAACAGCAGCAGGUCAGAGCAGCUGGGAUCAAAUCCUAUUUCCCUACAGCAGCAUCAGUGUGAAAGUACAAGUAUGAGUCAGGCAAGGACAAUGAGUUUGGAAGAGGAAAUCAGGGGCCUCUCACCAGUUGCAGCACAUGCCCUGGCAUGUGCUGAAAUUACAGAUGACAUUGAAAUUCAAGAGUUAACAAGAGCAGAUCUGAACGAACUUCUGCCAGGCGUUCAGCAUUUUAAACUUAGAAAGAAGAUCAGUGAACUUAUAAACAAAUCUAAACAGGACACAGCUAAACCUAUUGCUUUAGUUCUUAACGAGCUGAAGGAAUUCCUUCCAGUUGAUGUCAUGGAGAAUGCACUUGUUCCUGGGGGAGUGUUACAUGGCUACUUACCUAUUCUUAGAGAUUUGGAGAAGCAGCUGGCCAAAGCGCUGGACUUCAUUCAGGCACAUGUUGGUUUGCUCCAGAGCUACAUUGGAGAAGAGUCCAUGGAGGCUCAGAGCAGUGCUGCAUCUCCAUCAGUUGACUCUGCUACAGCAGGAAACCAGCCAUCAAAUGUUGCAGGUGCUGACACCCAGUUACAAAGAGGAAUAACAGGAGGAGCAGCAGGAGGUAGGAACCAGCUUUCUGUAACAUCCUACACAGAGACGAGGUCAUUAGUAGAUUGUAUUUCACAGACCAUUUUUAAAAAGAAUCGUUUGGGGAGAGGAAAUGAAACUCAAAUUGAGAAACAACCAGUUAAAGUCCAUUCACGAGUUUGUGGAAAAACCCUGAACACUCACCUUGCACUCAUGAAACAAGUGGAUGAUCUGGCAGUAGGACUUAAGCAAGAGGAGACCAGUGCAGAGGACUGCCAAGUCAUAAUAGCCUUCUGUCCUAUUACAUCUCGUGUGGGAACAGAUAUUGAUGCCGCCUUGAACCAAAUUACAAGUAACAAAGAUGUCAUUCUAGUGGUGAUGCACCAUACCUUUGAUCGCUGCUUUGUCGCAAGCCAGAGAUCUGCAUCUCACUACAAAAAUGUAGUGGAGGAAGUUAAUGUUCUCUUCCAUGACUCUAUGGGACUUCUGCGUUGUGAAACAAAUGAUAAAGCAGUGACUCUCAUACACAAGGCCUUGCAGAAAUACAGCAGCACUACAUACAAACAUUUUGUUGCCACCAGGGGUUACUUCAAGUAAUAUCUGAAGUCUUAACGCGCAAACAUGAUUUUAAAAACCCUAUUCUACCAUUCAAGGUGUUGGUAAUUCAUUCUAGUUUAGAAUAAAGCAUAUCACAAUUUUUGGAGUCAACCAAAUGAAUGAUACUCAAGCAGGACUAAAUUAGAGGUCACACUGUAGAACAGCUGGUGUGAGUGAAUCUUUGCCGUGGCUGCCCUCCAAGCAUGCCCUCUUAACACUAACAAUCAUGUGGGAUGCCUCAUAUUUGUGAAUUUAAGCGUUUUCCUUCUUUUGGUAUUAGAAGCACUUAUUUUGUUGUUGGGUGUACUUUUAACAAAUGCUUGUCUAUGUCACUACUCAAUCAUAAGAGAUUGAAAAGUUGUACCUACAGUAUCAUUAGUGGUAAUGUUUUGCUUACAGAUGUACUAAUCUAGGAAAAUAAUUCAGAACAAGUAAAAAGUGUUGUCAAAUAUUGAAUAACUUAGUAAGAAUGAUCUGUUUUUUCCCCAAACUCUUGUGAUAUCAACAUACAGUGCAUUCGGAAAGUAUUCAGA